AUUUGUCCUCUUUUUCACCAUUUUUUGCCCUUUUCUUUACUUUUUCCCAUUAGAAAAAGACGCGAAAAAGCCAAAACUCCUAAAUAAAAUUCAAAAAAUUGAAGGGUGUAGGUUAAAUUUAUUUUUACAUAAAUGUGGUCAAAAUAACGAUGAAGGUGAAGUUAAAAAAAAGAGGAGGGCAGAGAUUAAACUAAAUUUAUUUGCUUCACCUAAUCAAUUUACAAAUAAAAGUAAAUUCUACAAAAUGGUCAAGUAUAAUUUUAAAUAGACAAUGUUUUGAUUGGUAGCCAGUACUGCAAUAACAAUUCAAACUUAUCUAAUUAACAUGCUAUUUUAUCUUGAUAUAUUCCUAUAUCGUUAUCAAAUUUAUUUAUAAUUUAUGCCCUUAUUAUUUUCUUUUCACUUUCCAUGUUCAUCCUCUCAUCACUAUGGCCUCUUCCUCAUAUCCUCUCCCUCCUCCUCUCUCUUCCUUCAAAACACAUAGAAAUCACCACGUCAUCACUUCUCAAUGGCCAUCAACUUCUGCUCUCUUACCUUUGCCCAUAAAACCCAAGAGUCCCAUUGAGCUCUCAAACCCAUCAACUGUCCCCAAAUGGAGAAGAAAAGUUUCAUUUCUUUCCUCAUUCCUCAAAAACAAAGAGAAAAGCAAAAAGGAAAUAAAGGAGGAGCUCUUUGAGGCUAUUGCCCCUCUUGAUCGUGGAGCUGAGGCUGCACCAGAGGACCAAGAAAAGAUUGAGCAGAUUGCAUGCAAACUGGAAGCACUCAAUUCAAUAAAGGAGCCUCUGAAGUCAGAUUUACUCAACGGUAAAUGGGAGCUUCUAUACACAACUUCAACAUUGAUUUUGCAAAACCAGAGGCCAAAACUUUUGCGACCUAAUGGAAAGAUCUACCAGGCCAUCAAUGCAGAUACUCUAAGAGCCCAAAAUAUGGAAACUUGGCCUUUCUUUAACCAGGCAGUGGCUGAUUUGAUACCACUCAAUUCAAAAAGAGUAGCCGUCAAAUUUAAUACAUUCAAAAUUGCAGGUUUGAUACCUAUAAAAGCACCUGAGAGACCAGUCGAAGCUCUUGGUCAAUUGGAAAUCACUUACCUAGAUGAAGAGAUUCGCGUUUCGAGGGGCAACAGGGGAAACUUGUUCAUCCUGAAAAUGGUGGAUCCUUCUUACAGAGUCCCAGUUUAAGGGAAAUAUCAUCCUAUUAUGUACUUUUGAUUCUAUAAGAUAUUUAUACCAUUUCUGAUAAUACAAUUAAUGUGAACAGGGCGUUCGGAUGUACCGAGCAGCUGUUGCUUCAUUGUUUGUCAUAUCAAGCAUUGGCAAAUUUUUUUUUU